ACGUUUACGGGCCAGCAUAGAUAUGUGGUCAGUGGAGAUCUCCGUGAGAAGUAGGAUUCAAAAUGGCGGAAGAAGAGCAUUUACAAGACAAGGAGAAGGAGGCAUACAGCCCUUUUGCUAUUAUGAAUAACAAUAGUAUUAUUGAGUUUUGUCGGACRUCUCUGGCAGCCAUGGCAGGCAUAUCUGCAGGAAUAMUGGGUUUAACAGGUCUUAAAGGGUUUGUUUUCUACUUUGUUGCGUCAAUAUUAAUGUCUGUGUUCAUCUGUUGGAAAGCUGGUUCAAAAUGGUCCAAGUACUUUGUGUCRUGGUGGGAUCUUAGUACAUCAGGAAUUUUAGGUGGAAUUUUUACCUAUCUUUUAUUCUGGACGUUUUUGUACGGCAUGGUCCAUGUGUACUAGUAUUACUAUCAUAAGUACAGAUGCAAUAGCUAUAUUUCAAAACUGUAAUUCAUCCAUAAGUGAUGUAGUUGUACUGAAUAACAAUGCUAGUAUGGCUCAAAGUUUUUCAUGGAACCUUUUCCUCAUUAUUGACUAGUACAUUCCGUAGAAUCUUUCCUGAAUGAAUGGAAAAUAAGUCAAGAAAUACAAAAUAUUUAUUUUUAUUACAUAGUCAUUUAAAGAAGUUCUGACUGACAAUAUAUAAAUGUAUCAAAUGUAAAGAGUAGCUGAAUCUUCAAAGUAAGCCAAACCAUUUAAUUUGACAUGAAAUUGCAGAAUAUGUUAAAAAAAACAAAGAAGCAUAUUUUAGAAAGUUUGUAUGGUUUUAAUCUUGAGCGAAAUUGACCUGAAAUUAGCCAUGAUACACCAGAUAUAAAGAUGUAUGCAGUCAGAAUUUCGGCAAGUGAUUGUACAACAAGUGUAUCUCAGGAAGACCUUAAUGAUAUAAACUCCAAAACUUCCUACAAUUAACAGGACUUAAGAAAGAAUGACACAGACAAUUUUGUAUAGCGUUUAUCCUGCAAUAUUAUUUGUCAUUUUAAAUUUACGUCUUGAAGUUCAGUUUUCCAGGGAUAAUCAUGAUGUUAAGUGUUUUUUUUAAUAAUGUAAUUCUGGCUGUUUACCUUUGUGCACUAAAAGAAUUGGAAAUUUAAUUUACGUGGAAACAUAAUCGUAAAAUCCAUAAAAACGUAAUAUUAAAAAAAAACAGGAGUUGUA